UUAAAACUUAGUGAUGUUGAUGUUCUGUCCUACCUGCGGUAACUUACUGCUAGUGGAGGAAGGCACCGAUGCGCUUCGUUUUUCCUGCAAUACGUGCCCGUACAUUUGUAAAAUCCGGCAAAGAAUUUCCAGCCGCAUUUACCCAAAGCUCAAAGAGGUGGAUCAUGUGAUGGGUGGUUCGGCAGCUUGGGAAAACGUAGAUUCGACCGAUGCUGUAUGUCCUUCCUGUUCGCAUAACCGUGCUUACUUUAUGCAGAUGCAAACACGUUCGGCCGAUGAGCCCAUGACGACGUUUUACAAGUGCUGUAAUCAAACGUGUGGCCAUAAUUGGCGCGAUUAAGAACAGAAAGA